AAAAAGCACUGCGGAAAGCAGGCUGGGAAUGGCAAACAGCUGGUAGAUUGUGCGUCUGAGUCUGUAGGGGGGGAACGGCAAUAAAAGAAGGCAGGCAUCAUGAAAGACGCGAUAGCUCUGUUUUUUGGAGCUUUGUUGGUGGAACAGGCUCUCGGGGAACAUGGCAUGGCUCAUUUCAGUGACAAAGCCAAGAGUAAGGGCAAAGACUACUGCAUCUUUUUCAACUCGCAGUGGGCCCGUUUACCUCAGGACCUCCACAAAGCUUCCCGCCUGCAGAUCCACGACCUGACGGCCUCCGUCCUGUGCUCAUCCUCCGAGGUGCCCGAAGGUGGCUUUGCCAACCGCAUACCCAUGGUGCUGCGGGGCAACUGCACCUUCUACGAGAAAGUGAGGCUGGCACAGAUCAACGGCGCCAAGGGGCUGCUCAUCGUCAGCAAAGACAGGCUGACCCCACCUGCUGGAAAUAAGACUCAGUACGAGGAGAUCGACAUCCCUGUGGCUCUGCUCAGCUACUCUGACAUGCUGGACAUCAGUAAGACCUUCGGCAAGGGGGGGCAGGUGGCCAUGUACGCACCGAACGAGCCCGUCCUGGAUUACAACAUGGUGAUCAUCUUCGUCAUGGCUGUGGGGACGGUGGCUGUUGGCGGCUACUGGGCAGGCAGCCGGGACAUCAAGAAGCGCUACAUGAAGCACAAGCGUGACGACGGCGCUGAGAAGCAGGACGAGGAGACGGUGGACGUGACGCCCAUCAUGAUCUGCGUCUUCGUGGUCAUGUGCUGCUCCAUGCUCGUGUUGCUCUACUUCUUCUACGACCACCUGGUGUACAUGAUCAUAGGGAUAUUCUGCCUGGCCGCUUCCAUUGGCCUGUACAGCUGUCUGUGCCCGCUGGUGCGCAGGAUUCCUUUUGGGAAAUGCAGGAUCCCGGGGAACAGCCUGCCCUACUGCCACAAGAGACCCCAGGUGCGAAUGCUGCUGCUGGCGGCCUUCUGCGUAGGCGUCAGCUUCACCUGGGGAUUUUUCCGGAAUGAGGAUCAGUGGGCCUGGGUGCUACAGGAUGCGCUGGGAAUCGCCUUCUGCCUUUACAUGCUCAAAACAAUCAGGCUGCCCACUUUUAAGGCCUGCACUCUCCUGCUGAUGGUGCUGUUCGUCUACGACGUUUUCUUUGUGUUUAUAACGCCGCUCUUCACGAAGAGUGGAGAAAGUAUAAUGGUCGAGGUGGCUGCAGGCCCCUCGGACUCCUCUACGCACGAGAAACUCCCAAUGGUGCUUAAGGUCCCCAGGCUGAACUUCUCCCCCUUAGCCCUGUGUGACCGACCCUUCUCCCUGCUGGGCUUUGGGGACAUCUUAGUGCCAGGCCUUCUGGUUGCCUAUUGUCACAGGUUUGACAUAGUGAUGCACUCAUCGCAGAUCUAUUUUGUGGCCUGCACUAUAGCCUAUGGCAUCGGGCUGCUCAUCACAUUUGUGGCCCUGGCUCUGAUGCAGAUGGGCCAGCCUGCUCUCUUAUAUCUGGUGCCUUGCACACUCCUCACCAGCUUGACAGUGGCUCUGUGGCGCAAGGAAUUGCACAUGUUCUGGACAGGAAGUGGAUUUGUGAAAGAUGUCCCUCAGCCUCCUAUAGUGCUGGCACCGAUCAACUGCACUCAGACCCCAGAGCCGCCCGCGGAAGAAACCCUGAGCAGCUCUGACCAGCAUGGUGCUGAAGUGUCCAAUCAGAGUGAAGACCCGCCUCCGCUGCAGGAGACCACACCUCCUACAGAUGUGGCCGGCCAAUCAGAAUAAGGGACAGUGGCGUGGGAUGCCAGUUUCUUAUUAAUUUAAUUAUUUCCUAUUCACAAUGGAUAAGCUGUUGUAUACUGAAACAAUAUGAACUUAAGUGGACUACAAAUCAUGAAGACUUCACAUGUGGCAUUAAGAGAGGGAAGGGGGACCUGGCAGCAGGUCCAGACCGAAUAAAGCUGUACUAAACGGAGGCUCUAAGGCCUGGAAAAUUAAGUCACACACAACAAGCACAAGCAGCAGCAAACCUGCAGGCCGGGGCUCCGUACAUCCUCACUGCAUGCUGCCGUUUCGCUGUGGCAGGGGUGGAAGCGUGGACGGCUCGAGGCCAAGGAGUCGACCCAGAAAGGCGUCCGUCGACCCAGCGGCGGGCCCCUACCUUCUGCGUGCCAUGCUCAGUCAGAGCUGGAUGCCCCCAUCACUCAUUUCAUUACUAACCUUCACCCCCACAAAAUUCCAGUGCUCAUACUAGAAUCCAGUCAGCUUUGUUAUGCAGAGAGGGACAUGCAAGAAUACCCUUUAAAAAGAGCACUGUCUUUUCCCCAAAACUGGGAUCUGAAAACCGGCUUGUCUCUCGUCGAGGCAGAUUCAGUCCAGCUUCUUUCCUCUUUAUUCGGCCACGGUACCAGUGCAUGUGAAUAUUUUACGUCUUUGAUAACGGCACUCAGUAUAAGCUGUACCUGUAUCUUAUAUUGAUAAGGCAGUUCAACAUGCUUGUAUUUAAUCCCCGUUUUUAACUGUACUGAGACUAUGCCCUCAGUUUUUGUAUCAAGUUACAUAUUGGCCUCAGUGAGAUUUCUUGGUUUGAAACUGAAUGUCUGUGUGAAACUGACAUAUUAGAAACUGAAUACUGUAUUUAUGAUGUGCUUUCAUAGUUUGUCUGUUACUUUUAGCGUUUAUUGUUCAGCAGUACGCACCAGUACUGUGUUUGUGUUACCGAGCGGGCUGUGUGUCACCAAGCCAAAGGCAGCCGGUUUGUGUACAGCGAGUAGGAGUGUUACACCUGCUACCUUUUUUUGUUUUAUACUUAUUUACACCAGAUGCUACUUGAACAUUUGUACAUUGUGAAUAUGUAACAUUUGCUGUUCAUAUAUAAUACAAACUUGGCUACAGUCAGUGUCUUUAUGCACAUUUGGAAUGUGAGAGGAUUAUUUUACCAAUACGCGUAAAUAUUCUUUAACACUGA